CGCCAUGCGGACAGCCAGGCGCGCCAGCGCGGUGGAGGUGCCCUCCUUCCUCCGCCAGCUGGCCAAGGAGACUGAAAAGAUGGUCACCUUCUUCUUCAAAGGAGGGCAGCGUGACAACCAGAGCGGCGAGGAUGGCGAGUUCGAGGACGACGAUUGUUACCCCAGUCCUUACCUGGACCGGCCCAUCCUGGAGAAGCACAUCUCGGAGGGGGGGUCACAGAGGGAGGUGAACUACGCCCUGGCCAGCAUGCAGGGCUGGAGGGUGCAGAUGGAGGAUGCCCACACCUGCAUGCCUCAUCUGGAGGGGGAGCUGGCUGAGUGGGGCUACUUUGCCGUGUUUGACGGACACGCCGGUAGCACCGUAGCACAGUACUGCGCCAGGAACCUGCUGGAACACAUCCUCCAAACAGGGGGAGUAAAGCUUGAGAACGACCCAGACGAGGUGAAGGAGGGGAUCCGGGAGGGCUUCCUGGCGAUAGACAGGCACAUGCAGAAGCUCUCUCGCCAGGACAACUGGGAACGCAGUGGCUCCACCGCGGCGGCUAUCCUACUGUCCCCGCAACACGUCUACUUCAUCAACUGUGGCGACUCACGCACGCUCCUCUGCCGUGACGGACAGGUGAUCUUUUACACAGAGGACCACAAGCCUUUCAACCCCAGGGAGAAGGAGCGGAUCCAGAAUGCUGGUGGGUCAGUAACCCUGCAACGGGUCAACGGUUCCCUCGCCGUCUCCCGUGCACUGGGGGACUUUGACUUCAAGGAGGUGGAGUGGCGUCCGCAGACGGAGCAGCUGGUGUCUCCGGAGCCCGAGGUGUACGAGCUGGAGCGCUCGCCGCAGGACGAGUUCCUGAUCCUGGCAUGCGACGGCGUGUGGGACGUCAUCGGGAAUGAAGAGCUAUGUGCCUUCGUCAGGAGCAGGAUGCAGGUCUGUAACGACCUGAGGGAGAUCUGCUCACAGGUCAUCGACCUCUGUCUCUACAAGGGCAGCUUGGACAACAUGAGCAUCAUCAUCGUGUGCUUCCCUGGAGCCCCCCAUGUCUCCCAGGAGGCCCUGAAGAAGGAGGCCGAGCUGGAGCAGCUCAUAGAACUCAAAGUAGAAGAGAUUCUUCAGAUACUGAAGGGCAGGGAUGAAGAUCCUGACUUUCUGUAUGUGAUGAAGUUCCUGGCCUCUGAAAACAUCCCUGGUCUACCACCAGGAGGUGGCAUCACGAGCAAGAGAGAGUGCAUUAUCUCAGCCUACCAGAGACUUACCAUGUCCCUCAGACCCCAGGAACCAAUGGAUAUUGAAGGAUCUGAGGACUCCAACUAACUGUUACCAGACAAACGGAACACUCAAGCCAUGGCCAUGCAUCCCCACGGUGAAGAGCAAGACUCGUCCAGCAAACUUAACAAGGACAUGUGGUGGGCAGGAGUUGGACAAGAACAUGACCUCAGUUAGCCAAUCAUCUUCAUAUUCAAA